AUGGCAAGGUCACGUUUGCGUGGUGACAGCCAUCAUAGGCCUCGUAGGAAGUCUCGUCCGGUAGAGGAUGAAGAAAUUUCUGAAGAUGAAGCAUUUACCGAAGAGGAUGAGCUCAAAUACGGUCGAUUUUUUCAAUCCAAACGCCCUCAAGCCUCGGAGGAGACUGGUGAGCUUUGGGAUUGUCUGAUUGAAGACGCUGCUGAUGACUAUACCACUGAAGAAUCGACCACUACGAAGGCUGCUUCACAGUCGGUACCCUCAAAGGUUGACGCCAAGGCACUUGCCCUCGAUGAUUCCUACGACGAAUUCACCCGUUUGGAGGAGUCUGCCGAUUUGAUUACGGAGGACUCAUCUGGCGCGGGUUUGGCUGGUUUCGAAUGGAUUUCGCAGUCCGCAGAAGGUGACUCCAAGUAUGCUAGUCUGAUCAACCGGUUCCGAGAGAUCCAUGAAGACCUGCCAGAGGUGUUUCGCGAGGAAUCGCGAGCUAAGACAAGUCGUGAAGAGCGGAAGGAGUUGUAUGAAUCUCUUAAAAAGGAUGCUACCAAGCGUUGGGAACCUGUGGUUCAGCAUCUGAAGCGUCAGAAACAUCUGACUUAUGGUGAAUCCGGUGGCCGUUCGGACCCUACUUGCGGCUCCAUGACUCAGAUGAAGGCAGAGACGGACCUUGAAAAGGAACUCGAAGAGCAUUCUAAUGUGGCUUACGAACGUGCAUUGCACGCACGUGAGCUACGUAAGCAGAAACGUGUUAAUCGCAUCAAGAGCAAGAACUGGCACAAGCGACAGAAGAAACGUGAUUUAGAACUCUACGCAAAGUUGAUCGAAAAGUCGAAUGAUCCGGAGCUAACAAAAGAGCUUUUGGAAUCUUUCGAGCAAAAACGUUCAAAACAUCGUGUUCUAAGGAAACGUGCUGCACAAGAGAAAUGGGCUAAGUUAGCAAUGCGUUUCGGUGAUCGCAGCGUGCUGAAACAGAUAUCUAGCGCGCAACAGCAGCUGAAGGACGAUUUAUCGUUAAUAAAGGAAACAAUUGAUGGCGCGGCGGAGAAGGAGUCUUCUGAUUCUGAGGAUUCUGGUGCAUCUUCAUCAGAGUCGGAGGAUGGAUCUGACCCUGGAGAUCCUCAGGAUGACGUUCUUGCUAAGCUCCAAAUUAUAUCAAACCCUGUUGAGGGUUCCAUCCCUCAAAAAGGUUUAUUCGCUUUGAAGUUUAUGAAGGAGAGUUUGCAGUCGAAGAUCGCGAAACAGGGCGAGACAGGAUCGGAUGCUACUACGGCUGUCGCUCUAGGUGACAAGUUGGAAGAUGACUAUGAAGAAGAGUCCAUAGCUUCAGAUUCUGACGACGAUUAUGAACCUGUUGCCGCCUUGAAGGACUUUCAAGACACUAAAGUGGCGCUUCCCAAGGUCAGUGAUGCGGAACUAAAGCGUGCAAUGCAGGAGAUACAGCAUGCUUUUGGCAUCGGCAAUGAUUAUGGUACUGCAUCUAACUCCGGUGUUACCGUCCCCGGGAGUGUUACCACUAUGAGCAGCGUAGAUGUGGCGCCCAAAGAUCGCGCACCUUUGGCCCGUGAUGCCAGUUCGAAAUCUGAAACUGAGAACAUUACUGAUGAUUCCAAGGAUGUAUCUGAGAAAAAGCAAGCAUCAGCGGCUUCCCACAUUGGCGUGGGUAAACACCUGCCCACCGUUUCGGAAAAUGCCAUUUUAACGGAGGACACCGGUUUGGAAAACUUCAUCAAGAACCUAGGCCCUGUGAAGAAGCCCAAUAGCACCAUUGAGUUGGCGCAGCGUUUGUUUGUGACUCGUCCGGAGGAGGAGGCCUAUCUAUCUGAUGACGAGGACUCCGAGGCGGAGGACGGAGCAUCUGACCAGCUAAAGGGUUGGGGAAGCUGGACAGGUUUCGGUAUCGUUGACGUGAAGGCACCUAAAACUAAUGCUGCGGAAUCGAAAAAGAAGAAAAGCAGGGUGAAGGUGUCCAACAAAAAGGAUCCAAAGCUUGAUAAAUAUUUGCUUCAUAGGGUACCUCAUCCGUACAAAACUAAGCAUGACUACAAUGCUAAGAUGGCGACCGUUGUCGGUCCUGAGUGGAAUACUGUAAAGAUGCAUACGGAGUUGGUACAACCAAAGACUAGCAUCAAGGUGGGUUCAGUAGUGAAGCCUCUCUCCUCCGAAAGUGCCAAAGACUAUGUGAAACGCAUGGGUAAGGCGUUCCACAAAAACCCCGCGGUAGCGUUGCCUGGUAUGCGUCGUCGUCUCACUAAGAGCAUCCCUCCAUGGGAGCUAUACAGUCGUCAGGCUUAUAAACGUCGAAGAGCUCUAGCUGCCUCUGGCGCGUUCCCUCGGCCGGAGCUACACGCCUUAUUCAACCGUUGUAAGAAUGUACUCUCUGGGUCCAACACGGUCUUAAAUGGGCCUCGCAGGCUCCCUUAUGAAGCAGGGACAUUGAAUGGUGUUACUGAUGGUCACAGUGAAGGGGCGGAGGGGGAUACAAGCGUUGGUGUUGUCUCUAAAGGACACGGUAACGACGCUAUCGCCGGGAACGCAUUUACCACCUCCGAUGCCACCUUUCCAACUGACCCUGAACCUGUAUUGGAUGAUCUCAACUUACGUUUACAAUAUCUGGGUUAUUAUGGCCAAAGUCGUCAUGACAAACGUUUGGUUGUCGGUUUUGUUCAUAGUGUGGCUCCAUUUGUCACUGCACCCGAACAAGUAUUAAAGCUCCUGUGUUCGUUGUCUUGUGUAGUAAAUGUCAGAUGCCUACUGUCGACGUCUACUAGUGACACCAAUAUAAAACUGUCUUGCCGUGAACCAUUCGAGUCUUUGUUCCGGCGUUUGGACGACAGCGUGAGCGCUUAUCAUGCAGUCACAUGUUACUUGAAACUCUCUACGUUUUAUGGUCAAGAUGUCUCAGAGUUGUCUCCUGUGUAUCAUAUAAUGGUGGAUAAACUCGUGUCUGGCGAUAUAUUUAUAACAGAGCGUGAAUUGGACGACCUGUUAUUUGUGUAUCAACGACUUGCUGUAUGCGACCGGCGUAUCUUGACUUAUUGUUCGGAUCGUAUAUCUCAACAUUUUGAUUGUUUCAGUGACAACGAGGUGUGCAACUUUGCGAGGUACCUGGUUAAUAGCGUUCAUGCUCGACGCAAACGACGUGAAAUUGGCGCUGGUGUGGACUACUCGCAUGAGUUCGAGACCUCCGAGGCAACGGCGCUAUUGGAUGGUUUUGAGGUAAACUCGAGUGCAUUUUUGCAUUGUUUGGAGUCGAAUAUGCCUAUCUAUCUGCAUCAAUACAGCUAUUUUAAUUUGGUUGAUCUUGGUGAGUUUUACCACGUGUUUAACAUUCAAAGCGAUGUACGCGUGCGUUUUUCGACAGAACUUUGGAAGUAUUUGUAUACGCUUCGGUAUGGCUACCCAAUCAAGGCUCUUGUGGUUCUGAGUAAAUUGGGUCUGGCGGAGAGAAAGACUUUUGGUCGUUUGAUUCGGAACAUCCCACAUACGCUGGCAUUCAGAUGGCCAUUAAGUCUUGUAUCUGAGUGUCUGGUAUCUCUGGAUUGGGCUAAAAAUGCCAAGGUUUACGUCGUGCUCGCUCACUACCUAUCGAAGUCCAUAUCGGCAUCUUUUAGCGCAUCAAAUGUAGCUCGUGUGUUUGAAUCUUUACGUAACAAACGAAUAGUUUUACUUGGUCUGUACCAGAAGGUUUUGCGUAUACAGUCCGCAAACCCCGGUUGGUUAGGGUGUGACGAGCUUCUCUCCAUUGCCAGUUAUGGUCAAGAUGUAGGGUUUAAUGUGGAUAAUGCGUUUGAGCUUCUAAUAGCUCAGGGUAUAUCUGGUAUGGGCUUUCGUCAGGCCAUAAAGACCCUGUACGUGAUGGACACCCCGUAUCCUGAUCUUGUGGAUAAGUGCAUUACUGUAAUCAACGAUAACUGCAAUACCGAACUUUUGGAUUUCAGAUCGUUAAUGGAGCUUUUGGUAUCAUGCCGACGUUUGAACAUCUGGCUAUGCGUUGUGCCUAAGCUGGCUCUGGAUACACUGCUGAGCGUAGAGACGAUAGAGCUGCCAGUGUUACUGGAGCUUUUGGAUUUGUUGGCAGUGGGAGGCCCCCUUUCUGACGCGGAUUUGUUGCGUAGGCUGGAGACGUAUGUCUGCCGCUCCAUAGAGGAGCUGCCGCUGCGCACGACUGGCAAGAUUUUAUGGUUGUGUUCUUCUCUGGGCGUACUGGGAGCGUCUUUGCAGCGUUUGGAAUCACACAACCAGGAUAUGCGCAUAUUUUUGCGCAAUUUAUCACGAUUCAAGGACAUUUCAUGGCGUAGGGAGUCGGCUGAGGUCCAAAAGAUUCGAGCUUUUCAGAAUACCCUUGGCUGUAAGGCAUUCGUAUCGGUAUUUCCGUUUACGGCCGACAUUGAAGUGUCGACAUCCGUGCUUACUGACUACGUGGAUCGAUUAGGGAGCCACGGCGUGGCCCUGCCAGCUUCUGGAGCUCUCUCAUUGUCCCAUUCUCUAGCGCCUUGUGCAACAGAAGAUACGAUUUUGUUGGAUCUUUGUGGAAAACCGUUUAUCACAGUAGUGGAUUCUAACGGUCGUAAGCAGCAGUCGUUGCGUUUUUACUAUAAGUUACGCAGCGGUCUGGUCGACCGACCGUUCGUGCACCUGCUAGAGCCAGUUUCGGACUAA